AUGACUACCCGCAAGAGAAAGCAAGAAUCCGAGGAGGAGCUCCAAGCCCUUCCUAGUGAUGUAAGCGAAGAGGAGGAAGAAUAUGAAGACUCCGAGCCCGAGUUAGAGGAAGGAAGCGACGAAGGCGAACAGGAGGAGGUGGAGGGAGAGUCUGAGUCUGAUGAAGACGAGGAAGGCGAAGAAGCGCAGCCAGAACCAAAAGCAGAAGCCAAAAAAGAGGCUAAAAAAGAGACCAAAAAAGGAGCGAAGAAAGAAGAUAAAGAGGAAGAGGAAGCCGCUCCCCCAGCCAAGAAGCAGAAGACUGCACCUGCACCUACUGUCGUCGAUGAAGACGAGGAGGACGGUGCAAAUGGCGAAAAAGAUGAGGACGAGGAGGAGGAGCCUGCUAAGGAAGAAGAUGUGGAAGAGAGUGCCACUGAGACUGCUGAGAAGAGUGGUCCGGCUGCUGCUGCUGCUAAGGAAAAGGGUGGUGUUAUUCCCAAGGAGUCCGAUCUGCCUGAGAUCGAGGCGGUUGAGGCGGCUGAGAAAGAGGAAUGA